AUGGAUAGUAACAUUUCAACUGGAACAUUUAUUUAUUUAAUUAUUUGGUUUGUUUCGUGCAUUCUCUUUUGCCUUUUUUUUGCAAGAGAUGGAAAAAUUUCACGGAUGGAUAUGAUUAAAUUAAUUAUCACGCUAGUUUCUCUGGCGGUAUUUUGUCUAUGGAUAUUUUGGUUUUGUGUUUACAUAUCUCAGUUAAAUCCCAUGGUUUCCCCACAGCGGAGAGUUAUAAAAGAAUAA